AUGUACGCGAGUGUCUUCUUUUUCGUAACAGUGUGCGGUGUGUGCUCUGCCCAUGGGUCAUCUGACAGAUCCUUCUCAAUAGACUACAAAAACAGUUGUUUCCUGAAAGAUGGUCAUCCCUUUCAAUACAUCUCAGGCAGCAUCCACUACUCCCGAAUCCCACGCUUUUACUGGAAGGAUCGGUUGUUAAAGAUGUACAUGACAGGGCUCAACACCAUCCAAAUAUAUGUUCCUUGGAACUUCCACGAGACAGUGGAGGGGGUCCACAACUUCACAGGGGACCGAGAUUUGGAGCAUUUCUUGGAUUUGGCCAAUCAGACAGGCCUUUUGGUUAUCUUGCGCCCAGGCCCGUACAUCUGUGCCGAAUGGGAGAUGGGUGGACUGCCGGCUUGGUUGCUCCAAAAAAACAUUAUACUACGCUCAUCUGACACAGAUUAUUUACUGGCAGUCACUAACUGGUUCGCUGUUCUCCUUCCUAAAAUGAAGCGCUGGUUAUAUGUUAAUGGAGGAAACAUCAUUAGCGUCCAGGUUGAAAACGAGUAUGGAAGCUACUUUGCUUGUGACUACAACUACAUGCGUCACCUGCGAGCUCUGCUGCAAGGUCAUCUGGGCAAAGACACUGUUCUGUUCACCACUGAUGGCAACACGGACAAGGAAAUGACAUGCGGGACCCUGGACGGAUUAUAUGCCACUGUGGAUUUUGGCACAGGUGACAACAUAACUGAAGCCUUUAAUAGGCAAAGGAAGUUUGAACCGCAAGGUCCUUUGGUCAAUUCGGAGUAUUACACUGGCUGGUUGGACCACUGGGGAGAUGAGCAUGCCAUGGUUGAUACAAAGAGGGUCAGCAGAGGGUUAGCAGAGAUGCUAAGCAUGGGGGCUAACGUUAACAUGUACAUGUUUGAAGGUGGGACAAACUUUGGCUACUGGAAUGGUGCCGACCACGACAACAGGUUCCGUCCUGUGGUUACUAGUUAUGACUAUGACGCUCCACUAUCAGAAGCGGGUGAUCCCACAGAAAAGUUAAUAGCAAUCAGAGAAGUCAUUAAAAUGUUUAAAGCCAUUCCUUUCGGACCCAUGCCACCUGCUACUCCCAAAUUUGCCUAUGGGUUAGCAAUGUUAAAAAAGGUUGGCAACAUCAGCAGUCUAUUGGACAUCCUGUCUGUCGGACCUGUUCAGUCCAAGUACCCUUUGACUUUUGAGAAGCUCAAUCAGUUCUAUGGAUACAUGCUGUAUCAGACCACAUUGCCCCAUGACCUUGCAGAACCCACGCCACUCAUCUCUCCCUUGAAUGGAGUUCAUGACCGCGCAUAUGUGUCCGUCAAUGGGGUUUUCCAGGGUGUCUUGGAGAGAGACACAGUACUAGCGAUAAAUGUGACUGGACGGCAGGGAGACAUUGUGGACAUUCUUGUGGAGAAUAUGGGCAGAGUUAACUUUGGGAGCCAUAUCAAUGACUACAAGGGUCUUGUUGGCAACUUAAUCCUGGGCCAAGAUGUUCUAACCAAUUGGAAAAUGUACCCUUUGGAUAUUGAUGGCGUAGUUACUGCUGGGUGGCCUCACAUUUUUAACCUCCACGACAGAACAAAUGAACCAUCAAUUGGACCGGCUUUGUACAUGGGAACAUUGCAGCCCAGUGGUGUGGCGUGGGACACAUUUCUCAAGUUAAAUGACUGGACAAAGGGUCAAGUGUGGAUCAAUGGUGUUAAUCUGGGGCGAUACUGGCCAGCCAGAGGCCCGCAGCAGACCCUUUAUGUUCCCGGACCGCUACUCAGCACCACCCUGCCCAACAAUAUUACAGUGCUAGAACUGGAAGGUGCGCCAGCACAUUUAAGGGUGCUCUUCAUGGACCGGCCUCUCCUCAAAGCAGCCAUCCACAAUUUGUGA